AUGAUGUAUUUCAUCCAUGUAAGAAGCACGAGAGAGAGAGAGAGAGAGAGUCAGAUAACCGACACCCACUAUUUUCCUCUUUCACUACCUAAUUACCUCGCCUUUACUCCUAGGAACUACUCCAUCGCUGUCCCUAAGGUCCUCGAACCCUCAAAUAAAAACCACCGAUUCCUUCAAACCGCGGAUCAAAACCUCCAGCCUCGAGAUCCCUCCCUCUCUAUCCAUUCAUCAGCGCCGUCAAUCGCAUCGCACCGCAAACCCCCCCCUUCCCCCCCGCCUUUCACUUCCACUCCCACUCCCACUUCCACUUCCAUACAACCAACCAACCAACCAACCCAUCCACCCUCACACUCACUCACUCACCACCACCACAAAACCACAACACCCCCCAAACACCCCCAAAACAACCACAAUGUCCCAACCAACCCCCCCACAACAGCAACCCAACACCUCGACCUCGGCAUAACCCUCGCGCUACACACCUGGCCCGCGCUGACCCUAGCCGUGCAAUCCAACUGGGGCGGCCCAACCUCCUCCGACAAGCGGGACUGGCUCUGCGGCGCCAUCUCCGAGAUGCUUUCCGAGCGACCCGAGACCGACGCCGAGGAUCUCGAGGACGUGCUGAUCCAAGUCAUGAACGACGAGUUCGACGUCGCGGUGGACGACGAGAGCGCGGGCCAGGUCGCCGAUCUGAUCAUGGAGAUGAAGGGGCAGACGGAGCGCGGCGAGUUCGGGGUCAUUCAGGGUAUGUGGGAGACUUGGCAGCGGAAGAAGGGUGAUGGGGUGGUGGGGAUCACCAGGGGGGAGGAUCAGGGGAGUGAGGAUGAGGAUGAGGAUGAGGAUGAGGAUGGUGAGGGUAUGGAUAUGGAUAUGGGGGAGGCGCCGGCGUUGGUUAGGGCGCCGAGGGAGAGGGUCGAGCCUGAGGUGGAUGAGGAUGGGUUUACGACUGUUGUGUCGAAGAAGAAGAGGUGA